CUUGGAUCGCGGAACACUGCGGCACGCUGCGGCAUGUGCAAUGGUGCGCCAGAUCCUGGCAGCUGUGGUUUGUGUCACAGUUUCCACUAGUUUGCGACCCCUUCAAUGUCCUUUCGACCGGCAGCUCUUUGCCACUUAUGAAAACUUGGAGGAUACCUUGGAGCACUUCUUGGGUUUUUAUGGUGGCUACAGCCACGGCAGGGCUAAGGUAGUGGCGGAGCACAUCCGACUUUUUCAGAUCAAUUCAUUGGCGCAAGACUUCUUGGAGAUAUUUGAGUCUUUCCGCCUAUUUGCUUGCUUGAUUUUAUGUCCUCAGGCCUGCACCGAACCAGACCUAGAGACGUCAUUCUCAACAGUACGACUGGUAGAAAAGUUGAACAACUUGCAGUUGGACCUCGAGCUAUUGCUGGACGAGCCAUCUGAUGAUUUCAGGGCUGCUUCUCAAAUGUAUCUCCGGGAAGCCAAGACUUAUGCUGCAAAUCUUCAGAUGGGAGGUCCGGAUCAAGCCCCUGAAGGAAUCGAUUGGGACGAGGCACACGCUACUUGUGUGGCUCGCGUGGCUUCGAGGAUUUUGUUUCCGGCCAUGCAGGUGCUGUCCUUGCAGUCCAAGAACAAUCAAAGUCAUAUUAUCCUGUCUGGUGUCACCUUCGACACCUCCAAUCCUGCAGCUUCUUCGAGCUCAUACAUUUCUCCACGUCCGCGUGGCGAUGUGAUGGAUGGAGGGGAGCUUUCCUUUACUGUUUUGAGGUCCCUGGCCACGGCUGGUGCUGCCCUGCGGCUAUACUCUGGUCCUGGCGGAAAGAGUUCCUCCAGUGGUCAGCUUUGUCAAGGCGUUGCAUCCCCCUUCCUGAGCCAAGAAGGUGACCUCUCCACGGAGAGUGGCUGGCCAAGGCGUUGGCGUUUUAGCGCCUGGGGUGAGAAAAACGCGGUGCCGAAAGUCAUACAACUGCUGGAUGAAAUUGAGGCGGCUCACAUGGAUCUCUCUCACUCUUUCAUCGCCUUGCGCCCCACAGGCACAGGUGCAUGGGCGCAAAACUUCAGUUGCACUGGAAAAAACGUGCACUAUGACCCAAGUUUGUGCCUGGAGGUUUUGGGAUUUGGAGGCUAUGUUUUCUCAGUGAACAUACAUCCACCAUACAUCGGAGAGCUUCGGAUGGCUGGACGAAGGUUGGGGGAUGUGUCACAAGCGGCUCCCAGCAGCUAUUAUGAUGUGCUGCAAGGAUAUGGUAGCCACCACUUUGACACUGUCUCCAUCGAGCACUUGUUCCACCGCUUGGAUGUUGUGUGGCGCCAAUCGCCAGAACCUUCACCUGACCUUUUCUUCUUGCAUCCGGCAACCCACAACUGCUACGCGAUUGAGUACCUCUUUUCUGGAGCUCCUUUGAAGCCUAAAAUUCUGGUGGUCCCAAUCAACCCCAUCAUUCCUCCACCGUUUGAAGUCACUCCUCGUUUUGAAGCAUGGUGGCAUGUGAUGCGUCCAGCUUUGCAAAGCACUCCUUUGGCAAAGGGAUGGGUCCAGCACAGCUCGGAGCAUUUGACCGAUGUUACCAGCAACGAAUUCAUGGAUGAGUAUUUGACAUCAGCAAUGUGGCUUGGGCAAUGUUCUUUGGCUGCGGUGAGCAGGAUGCUAGAACGUAUGCAAGUCAAGAAGUUUCGCUACGUCCUGCACCAUGUCUCAGGUGCCUACGCCGUGUUCGUCCGGAAAGAUAUCCAAAAAGGCUUGGCCAGCCGAAACCAACAGGAUAGCUUUGCUAGUUGGCUGAGAGGAUGGCAUUGUUUACCAGCGCACCGUUUUUUCUCCAAGCUGGAGUUGCUGGGAGGUCCUGACAUGGGUCGAUUGUCAGAUCCAUCAGUGCACUCAAGAGAGAAGGAGAAAAUUCUGUGUCACUUCUUGGAUCGCCAAAGCAUUGUAGUUCAGCAACGGAACUUUGACUGUGCAAAGCACUUGGCACAGGUGGAUGAUCCCAAAAUGGCCAGUUGCAUUCGCCCAGAUCAUCGAGGCUGGGGCAACGAUGCUGCGGCUUCAGAGAGUCUGCAGGAUUCUGUUGGAGCUUGUGUGGCACACUGCAACAGCAACAGUUGCAGUUAUUGGACCUAUGAUCCAACGGCGGUCUAUGGUCAACCACUUUGUUGGAUUUGGGCUGGCCGACCAGCUGAGAUCAAAUCAGAACGUGGCUGGAUCUCUGGGGAUGCGGACUGCCAGAGGUCUAGAGCUGCGGCUGCGCAGGCUGCGCAGGCUGCGGGUGAAGAUUCCCCAGGAGGCUUUCAGAUGGAAGGCGAGGUUGAUGCCACGGACCAGGAUCUAGACGGUCUAGUUGCAGUUCGUCCUGAGUCGCGGAGUGGGUCUAGAAGCAUCUCAAGACAGUGGGCUGUGAAGGAGAUUAUUGAGAUUCCUGGCAUGCGAUAUUUCUUGGAGUCCACAGGUCGAGGCCGCUGUGUGGAGGGUUUCUGCGAAUGUUUUCCACCUUUCCGGGGGCCCUUGUGCGAGCAAUUGGACCAGAGCCCUCAGGAUGCACAGCGCAACUUCACGGCGGUGCUUCAUUACCUUACCUCGGAUGAUGACACUGACAUCGAAGAUAUUCAGCACAGCUUACCUCGUCUCUGGCGUCGUUUCAAUCGGCGGUUUGACUACCCAGUGGUGAUUUUUCAUGACGGGCUUUCAGACGUUCACCGCCAACAGGUGGUGAAUGCCUCGAAGAAUCGUAUUUGGUUUGCAUAUGUAGAUGACUACCUCAAGGUGCCCGAGUUCAUCAUGGAGGAUCCAAGCCGCAAAGCGGCUUUGGAAGAAAUCAAAUGGUCCUUGGGAUAUCGAGGCAUGUGUCGUUUUCGGAGUGGAACGAUCUUCCUGCAACCCGUCCUGAAGAAGUUUGAAUAUGCGAUGACUUUGGAUACGGAUGGAUAUUUCCCAGCAGAAGUGAGCGCCGAUCCCAUUGCAGCCAUGCAUGAAGGCAACUACGUCUACACUUGGUCGCAUGUGCUUCCCGAUUUGCCUGGAGCUGUGCGGCACUUUUGGGAUCAUUCCUUGAUGUACAUGAAGAUGAAGGGCAUUGAUCCCAGAGGAACUCCAAUCCUGCGCCAAUUUGUGCGAGAGGAUGAUAUACAAUGGACCUAUCAGCUCUAUAUGAACGACAUCGAGAUUGUGCAACUUGAUUGGUUCCGUUCAGAUCCAUAUCAGGAUUACUUCAGAUACUUGGAUUCCAUGGGAGGCUUUUGGCUGCACCGCUGGGGUGACCAUGCGGUCCGAACCAUAGCAGUAGGGAUGUGGCUCCCUGAGGAUAAAGUUUUUGAGAUGGAUGUGCCGUACGGGCACCAGAACUAUUGCAGAUGUAGUGGGGCGCAUCCGCAUUUGUCCUGCGUCCGUGAAGAAGAUGUAGGCGGUGUGCCUGCCAAAUGGUGGAUUUGUGCUGGCGAGGAUGCGCGGGAAGAUGAUUGAUGCUUAUAUAAAUGGAAACCAUUUUGACCGCGGCAACUCGGUGGUGCAAGAGCUCCGCUGCAUGUUCAAGCCUGUUGAAAGAGAGCAGCUUGAUCAACCCAUGCAGAACCAGCCGAGCAAAGGCUAUGAUAAAGCUUAGGACAAAAAGGAAUAUUUUUCUGGUGCUGAAGCUCCUGCAGCGAUUGUUCAUUUGGCAGCCCGCAUCUAAACGAAUACGCCAGACGCACUUCAUGAGAAUCGCAGAA